AUGCUGAAGAAACUCGGCAGUCGCAAAGAUCGCGUCGUCACGUUCGUCGUCACCGUGCGCACGCUCGAACCGUGGCCCACGCGCGCGUCGGGCCGUCCCGGACAGUUCGCCAUCGGUUGGCAGCGCGGCGCGAAUAAACGCGGAACGACGCCCGUGCGCGCGGGCGAACGCUCCGAUGACGGCGCGCGCGCGACGUACGCGUUCGAUCACACGUUUGAGGUCGAGGCGACGGUGCGCAGGGCGGGAAAGACGGGACACAAGGAGAAAACACUGACGCUGUACGUGUUGGCGCUGCCCGAAGACGCGACGCGCGGACGCGAGGUGACGGCGGCGAAGGUCGGGGCGUGCGACGUCGAUCUGGCGAAAUACGUCGAUCGCACGGAGGAUGAGACGAUAAUGAUCGACGUGGAGUGCGGCGAAGGGGUGCGACGGGCGGUGGGGACGCCGAAGCUUUCGAUUUCCGUGCGCGCGAAGGAGGGCGGCGCGAACGCGGAGGGACGCGAGGGCGAGGCGAACGCGGCGAACGCGUCGCCGUUGAAAUCACCGACGGCGAGCGAACGCGGGGGCGAGUACCAGUGGGCGUCUUCGAGGUUUCAGUCGGAGCAGGCGAGCUCUUCGCAGGCGGAUCAAGUGGAGGCGUUGACGAGCAUGGCGAGCAUGUUCAAAAAGCGCGCCGCGCCCGUCGAGGAAACCUCGGUCGUCGACGACGUCGUCGACGAGGGUUCCGAAGCCACGGCCAAUGACGAAGCCGACGUUGAAGCGAAUACGGCUCGAGCGGAACUAAUCGUCGCGCGGGCGGCGACGCCGAAAUCGGACGAAUUUUCGUCGACGCCCGACGGCACUCCCGCGUUGGAGCAAGAAGAUCCAGAGUUGACGCGAGCGCGCGACGAAUUGUUUGGUGCGCCACCAAAAGAUGCCGCGACGUCACCACGCGGUGACGUCGACUCCGAUGGUUUCUUGCUCGAUUCGGAUCUGGACACCGAGGGCGAAGCGGACGAAGAGACCCCAGCGGAGUUCACUCGUCCAGUCGAAGAGUCGCCGGCGCGAGACGACUCUGAAAACGCCGCGGAGCAAGCGAGAUUGGCCGAAGAAGAGGCGAGAAUACGCGCUGAAGAAGACGCUGCUGUAGCUCGCAUCGAAGCCGAACGCAAGGCAUUUGAAGAAGAGGAGCGCCAGCUCGAAGAGCAAGCGCGACUCGAAGCUCAGCGAGCAGAGGAAGAAAGAGUUCGCGUCGACGAGGAAGCGAGGUACGCACGCAUGGAAGCCGAACGCGCGCAAGCGGAAGAAGAAGCUCGAAGGUUGGCGGAAGAGGACGCGCUCUUCGCUGAAAAUGCCGAGUAUCAAAGACGCGCAGAGGAAGAGCAGCGCCUGCGCGCAGAGGAAGAGCAGCGCCUGCGCGCAGAGGAAGAGCAGCGCCUGCGCGCAGAGGAAGAGCAGCGCCUGCGCGCAGAGGAAGAGCAGCGCCUGCGCGCAGAGGAAGAGCAGCGCCUGCGCGCAGAGGAAGAGCGACGAUGGGCUAUGGAAGCCGAGGCUGAGCGCGCGCGCAUCGAAGAAAUUGAAAAGGCCCGAGCUCAUGAAGCCGAAGCUGCGCGUAGAGCCGUGGAAGAUGAAGACGUGGCGGCGGCGCAAAUCGCUUCGAUUGCACAGCAAGAACGUCAACAGCUGGCAGAAGAGGAAGCGAUUAGAGCCGCUCAGGAAGAAGAGGAGCGACAGCGAUUAGAAGAUGAAAAUCUUCGCACAUCUGAACACGAGGCUCGAUUGCAAGAGGAACGAGAACUUCAAGCCGAAGAGAACGCGAAGGCGGCUGCACGCGGCGACAUUGAUGUGUACGCUAAAGCAGUCAUCACCGAGGGCGCGUCAUCUGUCUUAUUUUCGGACUCUGCUGACGACGUGACUGCGUUUGGUACACCGUCAUCGCACAGCGACGACGCGUUCUACACUCCAGCCACUCGCGGGACGCGUUUCGCGGAUUCGGUGCUUAAAUCAUCUCGCAAUCGCGAUUUGGAACACGAGAUCGUGAGUAUGUCCAUUUGUGAUAUUCUCAUUCACAGCACUGCGGAGGAUUCGAGCUUCACUACCGCUCUUGGUCUUCAAGAACGAAUUGCGAGCGUGCGCGCCACGCUCGGAGAGCGCGAGUCUCAACUCGAGUUCAACAGAAUCACGGACGCUUUCGGUGUCGCGAUUAAAGGGGCGAUGCAUAAUCCAGCACGACUCGUGUUCUUAUGUGCUCAGCUUAUCGCGCUGCGAAUUUGCGUGGCCACGAUGGAUGACUUGGACACGCGCGACGUGAUCGAACUCGAAGUCUUGGCUCGAAACGCCGCGUUUGAGUCGCUCUGGAAGCACACUUGCAGUGCAUUAGUAAACCCUGGCGAAGUGACGGAAACGCUCGCACACUUCAUGAAAUCCUUCUGUGGGCCUUCGCCGAAUGGAGAUGGUGAGAAGAUAGGUCGCGCCUGGUCUGCAAUGUUUCAGCUCGCCAAGACGCGACUCGACAUCAUCGGUGGCGACGCCGACGACGCCGGCUGCUCUUCGCAACUACUAUUGACGCAGCUCCGACAAGGCAUCUUGAAGGAGAUUAUUCUUGCACUUGACAAGUCUGUAUUAGAUGCAUUGAUUCAUCCGUCUGGCGAUGCCCUGGCAAACCCGAUGAUACCCGGUGGCGGCGCGUUGACGUUUUCAGCGGGUGCCGAAUUGAAGCGAGCAAUUUCUGUACUCGCCAGCGUCGCCAAAGAUCUCAACGUUGGCACGAGUACUGAAUCGAUCAUCCCGAAACUCAGAGCCGUCGCAGAUGUGUGCAUGAUUCCGAAGGACGCAUUGAUUGACGUCAAGCUUCGCACGGAUAUCGUGUGCGGCAAACUCACGGACGAGGAACUUGCCAGCGUCGUCUCGCGAUUCCGCCCUGACGAUUUCGCGCCCCAACCCGUGGACCCGGACGUCAUCUCCGCCGUCGUCGACGCGGCGACGAAUGGAAAGGGUGACACGCCCCCCGCGAUCGGACCUUACACCCCAAUGAGCACGGAAGGCGCGCCGUGGAUCGCCAACUUGGCCCGAGCGCUCGCCGCUUUCGACGGCGUUUUGCAGUCGCGAGCGCCCGGUCCCAGCGCGCACGCCACGCGUUGGUCCCUAGUCGCCGACGCUCUGCCUUAAGAAAAGCGAUGAAGCGUUGAACAAAGGCGCGUCAUUCACCAUAGCGACGCGUUAUUC